GGGGUGGAGGUGUUGUCUAUAGAGAGGAGUUGGACCAGCAUCCUCCUCUCAGCUACAGCAUGUAGGGGGUCCAGCUCCACCCCCAGAACAGAACCAGCCCUCCUGAUCACUUUGUCCAGUCUGUUACUGUCUGCUACAUUCAUGCUGCUGCCCCACAGACCACAGCCUAAAACACUGGACCCACAGACUCAUAGCACAUCCUCAGCAUGGAGCUGCACACGUUAAAGGACCUGAGCCUCCUCAGGAAGUACAUCUGCUCUGAGGGAACAUGUCAAAGUACAAAGGACACCAUUAUCUGAGGACUCUACGAUCUACUGCACCAACAGCGAUACAGAAUGGGUCACACAGAGAACGGACCGGACCUGAAGCCUCUGCUCAGAACCAUCAGUGCUUUGACUUCCUGGCCUUUUGUCGUCCUGCUUCUACUGAUACUCUGCAUCGGAGGUCAGUCACAGGAAGCUGAUCCACCUCCUGUCGUCGUGGUGACGGUCGGUGAAGACGCUGUUCUUCCGUGUAAACUGCAGCUUCCUGUGGACGCUGCUAAACUGACAGUGGAGUGGGGACGACCUGACCUGACGCCCAGGUUCGUGUACGUGUGGCACAACGGUCAGGAGCUGGAGGUCGACCAAAACAAAGGCUUCACAGGACGAGCGUCAGCGUCCGACGGCCUGAAACAGGGAGACGCGUCCCUGACGCUGUCCAGAGUCAGGAUCUCUGACAGCGGGACGUACAGAUGCUACGUGCCCUCACACAGUGUGGAGGAGCUGGUGGAGCUCGUUGUUGGUUCUUUCUCGUCGCCCGUCGUCAGUUUAUCAGGACUCGACAGAGACAGAGGUGGAGUCACGUUAGCGUGUGCGUCUGCAGACUGGUUCCCAGAGCCUGAGCUGCUGUGGCUGGACGCUGAGGGAAAGCUCCUCUCUGCUGGACCUACAGAGACAGUCAGAGGUUCUGAUGACCUCUAUACUGUCAGCAGCAGAGUGACUGUGGACAAGAGACACAGCAGCAGAUACACAUGCAGAGUCCAGCAGACCUCCAUCAACCACACCUCAGAGGCUCACAUUGAAGUUCCAGAUGACUUCUUCAUGACACCGUCCAGUUGUGCUGCUGCUACAACUCUGAGUGUGGUGUUUGGUCUCAUGUUUGUGACAGUUGUUAUAUUUUCUGUCUGGAAGUGGAGACGAGACAAAUCCAGUAAGUUAAAAACAUUCAUAUUUUUUCUUACAAAACAAGAAGAGGAUGAGAGUAAAGAGCGUAACAGCAGCACAGAGCAUCAACCUCUAAUGGAGGCAAUAAAUAUGAUGGAGCAUCUGGACAAGAAGAAAACUAAACUCAAUGAAGAGGUGAAGGAGAAAGAGGAGGAACUGGACGACCUGAUGCAGAGUUUGGAUGCACUGAAGGAGGUGAAGGAGGAGCUGGACCGACAGAGAGAGCAGCUCAUCACAGAGACACUGGAACUGGAGAAAAUAACAGAGGAAGCUGAGAAGAAAGUGAAAUCAGUGGAUAAAGACGUGACAGAGAAGAACGGAGAUAAGACACAAAACAGAGCGCAGGGAUACUUGAAACUGAAGGAGAUCAUGAUUGAAGUCAGCUGGAAGCUGAAGGAGAGAAAGAAAGAUCAACAACAGCUGAACAUGAACAUGGAGAAAAUACACAAGAGAACAAUAGACGAGUUCAAUAGAAUAACAGAGAAGAAGAAUGAAGUAGAGAAGAACAUGAAGCAAAUGAAAGAACAGCUGCAGGAAACAGAGACUCAGAGAGAAGAGACGCAGAAGAAACUGCUGUCAGGACGGAAACAGGAAGGAAAUAAAAUAAAAGAACUCAACUAUGUAGAAAAUAAUAUCACUUAGACAAUAACUAACAAGCCUGUACAACCGUUUUUACAUGUAGUUUAUGACUGAAAAACAAAGAAGAAGAUGUUCCCACGUUGAGACAACCUUCACUGAUUCACUGCCUGAAACACAGGUGCUUCACUUCUGUCCACAAUGUGUCUGAAAGACAGCAAUAAAAGUCCUGUUUCCCAAUAAUAAUCCAUGAAUGAUGUAGACAACGUUAUCUUCAUUAUUGAUCAUGUAUAAUUAAAG